AUCUCAAUCUCAUCACUCACUGUCAUUCUGUUGUCACUCGUCCUUCUCGUCACUGUCAGUGUGCUGUGCUGUCGUCAAAUAAAAAUACUCGAUGUACUAUUUCGCUCUAUCAUUUUUGUGUGUUUGACGAUCAUAGAAAAACUACUAUUUGACUUAACGAUAAAGGUUACUAGGUUAUUACGUGCAAUAAUUAACUAAGACAUAAUGACUACUCCUACUCCUGCUCCCCACAUAGACCGUGAGCUGGAUUUGUCAAAUACAGGCCGAGGAGUUUGGCUCGUUAAAGUUCCAAAAUACAUUGCUAAUAAAUGGGAAAAAGCACCUGGAAAUAUCGAAGUAGGCAAGUUGAAAAUCUCACGAGCACCGGGACAGAGGGCUCAGGUGCAACUAUCGUUGUCUGAAGCUGUACUUUGCCUGAAAGAACCUGGAGAACAAAACAUACCUAAGGAACAUCGUCUUGACGUGUCUAAUGUUACAAGACAGUCUUUAGGAGUAUUUUCUCAUGCCACCCCCUCAAACACAGAUGCUGUUAUACCAGAGUCAGAAAAACUUUAUAUGGAAGGUAGAAUCGUGCAGAAACUAGAAUGUAGGCCAUAUGCUGACAACACAUAUUACAAGUUGAAGUCUGAGUCUAUAAGAAAGGCAUCAAUGCCACAGCGGCAAGUACAACAGCUGGACAGGAUAGUACAGAACUUCAAGCCAGUUUCAGACCACAAGCAUAAUAUUGAUUACAUAAAGAAGAAGUCUGCUGAAGGAAAGAAAGCCCGCGAUGACAAAGAUGCAGUUCUCAACAUGCUGUUUGCAGCAUUUGAAAAACAUCAGUAUUACAACAUUAAGGACUUGCAAAAGAUCACAAGGCAACCUAUUGUAUAUCUGAAAGAGAUAUUGAAGGAAGUAUGUAAUUACAACUUGAAAAAUCCUCACAAGAACAUGUGGGAAUUGAAGCCUGAAUACCGUCAUUACAAGUCGGAGCAGGCCGCGGAAACUAAAGAGGAAAAGAAUAGCUCUGACAGUGAUUAGACCAAUGGUGGAUUGAACCUAGAGAGCGCCCUAGACAAGCUCCUCAUAAGCGCCCCUAACUUACCAUGCCGCGACCACCCCUCUACGGACAGUUUGGCACAUGUGUCUUAUGGAGUCCCUCUGUAACCUGAUGCCCUACGUACUUGUCUAGUUAGCGUUAAGGAUAAUACAGUUCUGUAUUAAAUUGACUGUUGGUUGAAUAUGUACAAAAUUGUUGAACCAUUUAUUUUUCUGUUGACAAUCCAGUAUAAUAAAUUAUUGCCUAUAAGUA